AUGCAAUGAAAAAAAGACCCUAGAUUCAAGAAUGAAAAUUGGGAUAGGUUUUUGAUGGAGUUGUUUGUAAUUAUGAUACACAGUACAAUACUUCGUGAACAAGGAACAGAAACGGGAAGAAAGGAAAAGUUGAAGCAGUCAUCCCUCCGGAAGAACUUUCCACUUCUUGACACCAACAUUGACAUUGUUGAGCAAAAAUUGCAUUGCUAAGGGACGGAAUGGCGUAAAGCUGUCUAAUAACAACAAAAACAAUGUCGUUUUUGAUUUGUCAGUGAUGUCUGACACUGACACCCCUGCAGAUCAUGAAGUGGUGAUAAAAAACGGUUUUUUUGUCCGCGUGAUUGCCUACCGUUCAAUUAAAAUAAUCACAGCCCUUCUGCUCACAUUUCUCGUGAUCGAUGUUCUCUACUCAAUCAAACUUUUCGUUUCUGCCAUACAAAUCAGGAGUCAUCUUGGUUAUUAUAUUAAUAUGAUUUCAAGCGGUGGUGAUACUUUACCUAGUUUACAAGCAGUUCCUGUUUUAUUUUUUUUUAUAAUUAAUUUUGUGAUGGCAUUUUUUGUGUAUUCGGUGUUCGAGCAAAGCCCCAGGGCUGAUUUAAACAGGCUUAUGUAUUUCGUGAUUAUGCUCAGUUUUGUGCUGCUUAUUAUUAUCCUGAUUAUUAUUAUAUGUGUAAUAGCGCAUGCAUAUAGCACACAUGAGAAGCUUCACGAUGGAAUUGUCACCGCUAUGAACCAUUAUUUGAACAGCACGGUGUAUAAAUCGCAGAUUGAUCGGUUACAAAUAGAAUUUCAGUGCUGUGGAAGCAAGAAAUAUGAUGAGUGGUAUACUGUGAAGUGGAUGGACCCCAGUCUGGAACAAGGAGCCGGUCCCGCUGCUGACGGUAAUACCCCAUUCAGCUGCUGCUCAAUGAAAUCACUUUCGCCUUGUAUUCAUCACAACAUCGAAGUCACAGGAAAAGCGUAUUUAUACACCCCGGAAUUCAAUUUAAGCAUCUCGACGCGAGGCUGCUACGAAAUGAUCCGGAAGAAAAAACAAGAGAUGGGGUGGUUAAUUGUGGGGAAUUUAUUUUUAUUCAUUUUUCUCGAGAGUGUGUCAGUGGCUUUGUUCAGAUUCCUCCAAACCGCCCACUUCGCGAAAGGACGAUUCAUGGGUCAUAGGCACUCUUAUACGAUCUGGCUGUUUGGGUGCUAUUCUGGAGUGUUGAAAAAAGAAGCGACUGUGGCACCCCCACCACCCCCUGUACCCGCUGAGUUACAAAACUAA